AUGCGCGAGAACAUAUCCAACAGGGUCCCGCCCAAUGAAAUGCAGAAAUCCGAGUCCCCUGGAUCUGGAAACGAGCAGAACACUGGCGAGACGGGUGCUUUAUCUACAAAUGGCCCGAGGAAUCCUCCUUCUACGUUCCAGCUUACCUUGGUCAUCGUGGCGCUUUGUCUGGCUGUCUUUUGCCAGGCUCUAGAUACCACCAUUAUUGCUACGGCAAUCCCACGUAUUACAGACGAGUUCAACUCCCUGGGCGAUGUAGGCUGGUAUGGGUCGGCCUAUCUGCUGGCCAAUUGUGCUUCUUUGCUCUCAUAUGGAAAGUUUUACAACCUUUUUCCGGCCCAAUGGGUCUUCUUGGCAGCGUUAGGGAUAUUCGAACUGGGAAGUCUGGUUUGUGGUGCAACUCCAUCAUCGGUAGGCUUGAUCAUGGGAAGAGUCCUCCAGGGUAUUGGCGCAGGGGGUAUCCUGUCUGGCGGAACCCUGAUUAUCGCCGCCACUGUGCCUUUGAGGCGUCGUCCGAUGUUUCAAGGCACACUAGGAGCCAUGUAUGCCCUGGCUAGUAUUGCUGGACCUCUAAUGGGAGGCGCGUUUACAGAAUACGUUACGUGGCGAUUCUGCUUCUACAUCAAUCUACCCCUUGGGUUUGUUUCCGCAAUCGUGAUUGUGCUGUUUGCGCGCAAGUUGGAGCCGCCACCAGGAGCCUUGUCCUCACUCAAAAAGAAGGCAAAAGAGCUAGAUCCUAUUGGACUUGUCAUCUUUAUGCCCAUGAUUAUUUGUCUACUCCUGGCCAUCCAGUGGGGAGGCACGACUUAUCCAUGGAACAAUGCUCGGAUUAUCAUUCUUUUCGUCCUGAGCGGCCUGUUGUUGCUCGCCUUUAUUGGGAUCCAAGUUUGGCAAAAGGAUCGUGCUAUGGUGCCUAGGAGCGUUGCGAAACAGCGUACCGUCUGGGCUAGUUGCGUCUUCAGCUUCUUUCUCUUCGGAUCCCUACUCAUCAUAACUUACUACUUGCCGAUCUGGUUCCAGGCAAUCAAGGGCGACAGUGCCUCUGAUAGCGGCGUCCAUAUCUUACCCCUCUUACUUGGCAGUGUCAUUCUGUCUCUUAUCGCGGGGGGCAUGGUGGCUGCCGUGGGCUAUUACACGUGGGCAUGCCUUCUUGCCACUGUUCUGGCAAGCGUUGGAAGCGGCUUGAUGUCAACUUUCACUCCGGACAGUCGAAUUGGUCAUUGGAUCGGCUAUCAGGCUAUAUACGGUGCUGGUAUAGGGUUUGGAUUGCAGCAGCCGCUGAUUUCUAUCCAAACCGUACUCCCCGAGAAUCAGGUUGCCGAAGGCACAGCGGUGGUCAUCUUCAUUCAAACGUUUGGAGGAGCCAUCUUCCUAGCUGUCGGGCAAAACAUCUUCAGCAGCAGACUCAUUGCGAACGUCCGAGCCUCGAAUAUCCCGAUCAAUGCAGACUCAUUACUUUCUCAAGGAGCCACCUCAAUGGAUUCGUUGGUUCCCCCCGAAUACUUGCCCGAGCUUCGAAUCGCGUAUAAUGACGCUAUUAUCCAUGUAUUCUAUGCUGCUGUUGCAACCGCUGGGCUCAGUAUCAUUGGCAGUGCUUUACUUCCCUGGUACAGUGUCAAGGGAAAGUCCAACCCUGGUUCUGAACAGAAGAACGAGCCGGUGGAGCCUGCCUCGGGAACAGGAAUCAUGGAUCGGAGGCAAGAAUCUACGAAUGAAAAGUACUGA